UCUCGGCGGAUUCCAUUGCGGCAAGCUUCGCCAAUCCAUCUCGGUCGCUUUUCCGCAUGAAUUUGCGUUGAUGUGGAAGGGAGGAUUGGCUCUACAAGAGCUGCAGUUUUUAUAUUAACACUUGGGUUUGCUUUAGAAACUUCUCGCUCUGAGCAUUGGUGGUUUUUGCGGAUAAUUCUGGGUGUUGGAAUUGGAGCAAGCAGCGGAGCUGUGGUUUGGACACCAUGGACGUCGCUUCUGCGAGCCGAGUGGUGUCCAGCGCUGGUGGCGUUGCGGACGGUAUGAGAGGGUUUCGGCGAUGUACUCCAUUGGGUGAGGACCUCGUAAUGUUGGUGAGAUUGGCCGACACUCGGAAUUGGCUUCGGUGUGAGCAGUUGGUUGAGAACAGGAAACGGAUUGUAGCGCAGAGUGUUGGAAGCGUGAGAAGGAAUAGGAGAGCUGUGUGGAACGGGAUAUCGGACUGCGAGAAGAAGCUGUGGAUGGGUUCGUCUGGGUUAGGAACACAAGUUGAAACCCAGCUGCCAAGGACGCGGUUCGAGAGGGCGCGCAGAGUUAGGGAUCAGAAACCCCUGCGGGUUCCCAUGGCCUCAUUCUCGCUAGGGUCGCCUAAUCAAGGUGAUGAAUGGGAAUCCAAGCUCAGAAGUGAAAGUGAAGAAGUGGAAACCAAUUUAAGAAACGCAAUGACCGAAGAGCAAGUGAACAAAUGUUUAGAUGGGGUUCCCGUGUACACUGUGAGCAAUUCGGCGAAUGAAUUCGUGGUUGUUUCGGAAAUGAACUCUCCGGAAUCGUAUGGCAUUAUCUGCUUCCGUGAGACUGACGCUGAAGCGUUUCUUUCGCAGAUACGGAGUCGUGAUCCUUCCGCAGGUAGUGAUGUUAGAGUCACAGCUAUACCACUCGGUAAGGUUUUACAGCUUAGCAGUAAAGAGGGAGAAACAUUUCGAUUCGUUCCAGAUCCUAAUCAAAUUAGGAAUGCAUACGAGGUUAAAGCAAGGGCUGGGGAACUUAGCAAGGCCUUUGAAGGAGUACCGGUUUUCCAGGUACAUCAGCAAUCUGAGAGCCUCACCUUAAACAGCAUCAACCGACGGCUGUUGCCUAUUUUCUUCUCUAAGGAGGAUUUGGAAACUGCUCUUCAAACAGCUUUCGAGGAACAGAAGAGGGUGGAUCCAGCAUUAGAGUUCAAACCAAAUAUUCAGGUGGACAGCCUUGAAGAUAUCUUGGACAUGAUGGAGGGCAGUGAAGAAGAGACACAGCGUGCCGAAAUUGUUUUUAUACCAGCAGGAAUGGAUGUUUUUAAAUAUUUAACCCAAUUUGAAGGCGCAAUUGCCAGAUGAAUCAAGGCCUGUUACUAAAUUUUGUCACGUUAAAGGCUCUUGGUCUUCAGGUCAAAUCAAUGAAACUACAAACUAAUGAAAAGUGUACAGAAAAUAGGUGAAUUAUUCUAGUAUUUUCUGAUGUUAUUUCUACGUGGGAAUCAACAAAAUAAAAGAGGACGUUUCAAGGUUAAAAGAAUCUACUUACGAUGACAAAUCUUUUAUCCAAAAUAAGUUUUAGCCAUGAAUAAGCAUA